AUGUCUACCUAUAUUCUGGGUAUCGAUGUGGGCACCACUUCACUAAAGGCUGUUUUAUUGGAAACUGACUCCAGGUCGGUGAUUGAGACACAAGCUCUGCCGACAACGUCUGAUAUAGUCGACAACAGCGGGACAAAGGCGAGUGCUUUCACACACAGACAGCCUUACUUUGACUCUCUGAGCUUGUGUAGCUAUCACUGUUCCGUGUGUGUCCAUAUGCAGUUUGAUUCUUUGCUAUGCAGGUGAAAGAGCAGGAGCCCAAACGGAUCAUAGAAGUUCUGGACAGAUGCAUCGCUCAGCUGCCCAGAGAGAAGCUGCAGAGAGUCAGCAGCAUUGGUCUGUCCGGACAAAUGCAUGGAGUUUUAUUCUGGAAAGCUGAGAGCGGUAUGAUUAUUACAUGUCUGUCUGUCUGUCUGUCUGUAUGCAUGCACGAUCAGGCUUUUCAAAUGGUGUGGUAAUUGUGUAACAAUGGUUGUGUGAAAUGAUGACAAACAGAGAAAUCUGGUGCCUUUGUAUUUUUUUAUUUACUUUUUUAAAACAUACUUCAUUUUAAUAACCUAUAAAAUACACCGUUGUCAAUACAAAAUGUGGGCAAAGUUUCAGAUAUUGAAGUAGAAAUAUGUAAUAGCCAUGGAGUGAAACUGUAGGCUGCUCUUAACAACAUGUUCAAAAGGUCACAUAAUAACUGGGCAAGAUCUACAUUAGAUAUGCUCAAAUGGUCAUAUCACUGGUUGGUGAAUCUCCUUAAGGGCAAAGUACAGGUAAAGCUUAGCUGCUCUGUUUUGCUUAGGAUUUUUUUUGUCAGAUUUGGGGCCCAAAACAUAUGACCAUAGGCAUUUUCAUAAUUCUUUAUCUUGAAUAGAAAAACACAACUUUGUUACAUGGCAAUGCUUUGACUUGCAUUAGCUGAAAUCAAGUGUUUCAGAAUUGACAUGGACCCUCCUCCUCAACUUUAAAUCAGGGUUUUCUAAGACCUGUCCAAAGAUGAGUCAGGAUAUUUUGAGCUGUGGGUCUUCUGUAGAUGUAGCACUACUAAUGAUGCUAUCAGUCUCAAGCAUUUUUUAGCAAGAAAAUUUAGCAGACUAGUCCCUGAUGGUCAGGUGGUUUUUGAAUGUCAUGACCAUCUGUAUUUGCAUUUGAGUCUGUUUCAAGACCUGGAAAAAAAACCUUCACAGGAGCUUUAAGUGUAUAACAAUGGCAAGAAAUGUUAGGAGGUAUUAUUACCUGGCUUUCUUGCUAAUCACCCAACUGUGUUAAAUACUUGAUUCUGAUUGGUCUAUACCCAAUGACAAUCCCUUGACAAUGGUGAUUAACUCUGCAGUAUAUCAUAUUCUUACUUUAAGUUGUUUUAGGGGCACGGGAACCAAAAAUUUCAAUACAAGAGCAAGAUGUGUCAAAUAAGAUGGAGCGCUUAAGAAAGUGAAACACCUUUGAAAUUAAAUCAAGCAAAUAAGGACUGAUUUUUUUUUACUUAGGGAAAGUAUGAAGGAAGUUAAAUUAUGUCUUACACUAAAGCUCUACUGCCUAAGUUAAUUUGCAAUGCCUCUCUCUAGAUCAGCCACAAGAGCACAUUUAGAUCAACAACAGCAAAAGCAAACAAACAAACAAAAAAAAAUACACGUCUAGAAAUGGACUUAAAGCUGCCCUCUGCUGGUUGCAUCACAGAUUACAAAUUCUUUGCUUCCAAACAGAGUCAUUGAUACAUAUAUAACUUAAAAACCUGUAUUAUCUCAUUUUUUUGCCUCUUUUCAGGUUGUGAUUGGUCCAACAAGGACUCCUUCACACCUCGAGACACCAGUCAGCUGAUCACCUGGCAGGAUGGGCGCUGCACCAGCCACUUUCUGUCCUCCCUCCCUAAGCCAGACUCACAUCUCAGUGUAGCUACUGGGUUUGGCUGUGCAACAAUUUUCUGGUAUAUGAGACACAGGUAAGAUUGGACAUUAAAGGACCUUUUUAGAGUCUAUUGCACCACGUGCAAUAUGAGAGUGAAUGUUAAUUGAGACGUGUGUUUUUGCUGCAGGCCUGAGUUCCUCCAGGACUUCACAGUGGCAGGGACCAUCCAGGACUAUGUGGUGUCCAUGCUGUGUGGUUUGGAUGGUUGUGUGAUGACUCCUCAGAAUGCAGCCAGCUGGGGUUUCUUCAACACCUCCAAUAAUCAGUGGAACAUCGAUAUGUAUGUAAAAGCAGAUUUCCUAUUUUAGUAACACUCUGGGACUGUGCUGACAUUUGAGGAGCAUUUUCUCAAUAUAUAACAGUUCAGGUACUAAAUGCAUGAAAAUGUUUUAUAGUUUGUGCAUGAAGGUGUUAAAAAGAAGCAGCUAGAUACUUUGUAGAGUUUCUAACAAGCUUUGAAACUUUGAGCCUGAUUACACCUGACUGAUCACAACUGCCAGACUUACACACCAUUAUUAGUCCAUAAAAAUACAAAAAACAAAGUGUCAAUCAGACUUAAACAAGAGGAGAGAGAGAAAACAAGGAAGAGGGAAUAUGGCUAAAGAACUUUUGCCAAAGCCUCAUAUUAUGCUAAAGUUUUGUGGUUUAUAAGUGAAAUGUAAAGACUCUACUGCAGACUUGAGUUACUAUAAGCAGUUUUUAAAAUCCCUGCUGUAAACAUUUGACUCCUCGAAAGAAACUUCACUGUCCUUACAGCAGUGCACCUUAAAAAUAUAAAGAAUAGGUCGUAAUUUGAGUUUACAUAUUUUACAUAGAAAUACAGAAUCUUGACAUGCAGAACCGGGCUUUGGUUUUGAGUAGUGUUCUGGUUUAUGUUCCUGGCAUUAUGUAUUAGCAGACUGUGGUGUGCCUGGUUUGAGGAAGAUCUAUGUAUUUCUACAAACAGAUUUACAGAUGACCAAGAUCAGAAUUUUCAACUCUUUAUAAAUCUGUUUUACAAUGUGUCAACAAAACUUUUUUCUGACUGCCUGGGAUGCAUCAAACAUGAUAGAGUCAGCCUCCAUUCAAUAAAACGUGGAUAUGGAUAUCAAAAGAGGUUUUCUCCUCCUCUUAAAGACAGAGCUGACAAAGCUUAACUUUUACUCUUUAAUAAUCUGUACUUUGAUGUUGGUUUGGCAAAUUUAAGACCUUGUAAUUGUGAGCAAACAACAAGAAAUUACUUUAUAUUAGUACUGAAAAUGUACUAUUUACUGUGAAACUGAGAUGAACCAAGACAUGAUGGUUGUUUAUGUCAUAUGCAUACUGGUAGAGGCAGAUAUUGCUUUUGAUCUGUGAACAGUGCGGCACAUAAAGGGAAGUCUUACUAACUGCGGACUGGAAUCACAAAGAAGUUGGCCAUUGCUCCCAGAUACAUAAUGCCACAUAAAGGGCUCUAAGAUUGUUUAGGAAGAGAUCACCCACUUAAGGAACAAACUGCAUUGUGUGUAACUAGAUUAAGUCAAGGCUCUAUUUGCUCAGUACAUGCAUGAGAGAAUAUAAUGUCUGGACAAUUCAUACACAUUUUCAGAAUGAGGACACAAAGCUAAGAGAUGUUUCUGACACAACUGAGAAGUAUAAUAGUAGUGCACAAAAUCCUGGAGAACAUGACCUGAAUGAAACAGUUGUCAUUCUGACUUAUCCCGUCCUAAAAUUGCCCUAUCCUUGAAGUUGUCCUCUUGUGAUCUGGUCACUCAGGAAACAUGCUCAUACCAGGUGUAAACAGAGCCUUUUGGUUUUUAAGCCUAACCCACAUAACCAUCAGUGUAUGUUUGUGUGUGUGUGUGCAUGCUCCAGUCUGAAGGCUGCUGGCUUCCCUUUGCACCUGCUCCCUCAGUGUGUGUCGUCUGGUGGCUUGGCGGGAAAGACGUGCUCUGACUGGCAUGGUAUCCCUGCUGGUACACCAGUAGCAGCUGCCCUGGGAGACUUCCAGUGCUCUGUCUACUCCUGCAUGAGAGCACGGACAGAUGCAGGUGAAGCAGGGAGUGUGGUCAUUGAUUUUUGAUGCAGUGACUGCUUUGACAGCCCACAGACUUAUUAAAUUAUCUAAUACUUCUUUAUUGUGACAUUUUACAUCUAUUAGAUUCUUUCUACAUAUGAUAUACUAAUCAUGCUCCAGUUCACAACUGUGUCUAUUUCUACUUUGAAAACCUUUACCUUUUUUAGAGCAGACACAAAAAAAACAAAUGUUACCCAUCCAGUGAUAUCCUUCCAUCAGUGUCUUUUGCAUGUCAUGUUCUACUCUCUUGGUUAAUCCCCGUUUCAUAAUAUUUAUUUAUCGUUCGACUUAUUUCACAGUUCUUAACAUCAGCACUUCUGCACAGCUGACCUUUGCCAUGCCAGCUGACUUCAAACCUCCAGAUUCUCCUCAGCCCACCUCCUCCAUCGCCUACUUUCCCUACUUUAAUGGCUCAUAUUUGGCCGUGGCAGCUUCACUAAAUGGGGGAAAUGUGCUGGCCACUUUUGUGGAGAUGCUUAGAGCCUGGAUGAAAGAGCUUGGUAUGUAUUUGUAUGUUAUAUAUAUUUUUAUACGCUCAAGUGUACGCUAAGAUGGCACAAUGAAGAACCUCGUUAUUUACUUUAACCUGAAAGCCUCAUUUUGCAUUGAGGCAACUGAUCUGAGGAGAAAACAGAAGAACCAAAUGUUGCUACUAUGUCAUGUUUGCUCAUCAGCUGCAGCAGGGAAACUUUUCUUUGUUUUCAUUUCAUAAGAAUAAGAGGAAUUUUAAAAAAAAAGUGCAGAGCAAAUAGAGACAAAGAUAAUAUUUCAAGACACACUCACUUUAAGUCAUUUCCUAGCUUUGUAAAUCUACAUACUGCCGGUCAACGUUGCGGUAAUUACCUUCGGAAAGGUAAUUAUUAUAUAUAUUUUGACAUUUAUUUGUACAAGCCUGCAUAUUAUCUGUAUGUUUUUGUUGACUAAGUUCAGUUCCAAUGCACAUAUGGGUUAAAACUUGUAAAAACCCACUGAAAUAAAGACAAUGUGCUUUUUUUCUUUUAUUUAAACUACAACAAAGUUUUCUUUCUUGACCAAAUGACCCCCCUGCACCCCCUCAUGGGAGCAGCUCUUUCAAAGCCAGUUCUUUGGCAGUGGAAAAACGACGAACUGGUUCCAAAUCAGGCACUGGUUCUGAAAUAGCACAGGAACCGACUUGGUGUAAAAGGGAUUAUAUGAGUGCUCACGUGUGACCAGCUGUAAAACUUCUCCUUACUGGCUUUGCUUUUGGUUUCCUGGAAAGAGGGUUGCCACUGUCUCAGCUGCACUGCUACUUGCGGUCACAGUAACUGUUGAUGAUAAAACCCCCAAACAAGAGAAUCAGAUGCUAGAUUUUCUUCUUUUUCAACACCAUCCUGUUAGUUGAUUACUCUACAGAUAGAAAAAGAGAAUUUUAGGAAAUAACAUAACAAAAAAAUUUUGUCCACCAAAUCUGGACAUAACCAUUAAAGAGAAUAAGCAUAUAAGAAGGUUGCAUAAUGACUGAUCCCAACGUAGAAGCAAGUGCGCCGCCAAACCUCUGAACUUUUUUUUUUAUGUUAAACUGAGGGCAAAGACCAGUGACAGUUCAAAGAGAGCAGUGUUCAUUUGAGCAAGAAAUUAGAUGUGAGUAAGCUCAGUUAGUGACUUUUAUGGACUUUCCCUAGAGAGAGUUUGAUUAUAUCUAAUUGACCGAACUGAUCACAGAGCACUGAUGCCAAAAUGUUAAAAAGUCAGCGUUGAAGUGAUUUAGCUCUUCUUCUUCUUCUUCUUCCCUCUCAGGCACAGAGCUGAGUGAUUCAUGCUUGUAUGAGAAGCUGAUCCACUGUGCCCUGAAUCAGGAAACAAGUGAUCUCAGAGUGAGCCCCACCAUCCUGGGAGAGAGACACGACCCACUCUGCCUGGGCCAAGUGACCGACAUCUCCACCACCAAUCUAUCUCUUGGUCAUGUGACCAGGGCGCUGUGCCGAGGAGUCAUGCACAACAUCACCUCCAUGAUGCCCGUUGAGUGUCUGCAGCAGGCGGGAGUCAGCAGGAUUGUGGGCAGUGGGAGCGCCCUCGCCCGCAAUGAGGUGCUCAGACAGGAAGUGGAGAAGGUGUUUCCUCAGCCGGUGGUGUACGGACAAAACGCAGACUCUGCUGUGGGCGUGGUCAUGGUGCUCUGUGACUUUCUUUGA